ACACGUUUCGUUGCUUCUUGUUCUUCUUUCAUCUCAACAACAACAACAACAACAACAAUGGCGGUACAUCAUCUUCUUCUCUCUAGCCCUCCUUCGCUUCUUCUACUUCUUCCUCCUUCUUCUCCUCGCCGCCGCCUUAACUUCGCCUUACCCCGCCGUAUCCCAUCUCAUCCUCGUCUCGGACUUUCGACCAGCUUGCUUUCUCAUUCGUCACCGGUAUUUCGGAAAAUUCUCGUCCGUAGCACUCUCCGGGAAGACCAACCCGUCGUUUCAGAUUCCGCCGACAGUCCUACUCUACUGAUCGGUGAGGAUUCCGCUGCUUUUGAAUUAGGUAAACAGAGGAUUGUUUCCUGGGUUUAUUUCGGUGUUGUCCUUGGAGUUGUUCUCUUCAUCCUCAACCUUGUUUGGAUCGAUAAUUCCACCGGUUUCGGAAAAUCAUACAUCGACGCCGUCUCUAACAUCUCCGGUUCACCCGAGGUUGCUAUGUUAAUGCUUAUCCUCAUAUUUGCAACUGUACAUAGUGGUUUAGCUAGUCUCAGGGAUAUAGGAGAGAAGCUUAUUGGUGAACGAGCAUUUCGUGUUUUGUUUGCUGGAACCUCUCUUCCUUUAGCUAUGAGCACCAUUGUUUACUUUAUAAACCAUAGAUAUGAUGGGUCACAGUUAUGGCAGAUUCAGGGUGUUCCUGGAAUCCAUGAAGCUAUUUGGUUUGCUAAUUUUGUAUCCUUCUUCUUUCUCUAUCCUUCAACUUUCAAUCUUUUGGAGGUAGCAGCUGUUGACAAACCCAAGAUGCAUCUGUGGGAGACCGGCAUCAUGAGAAUUACUCGACAUCCUCAGAUGGUUGGACAAAUCGUUUGGUGUUUAGCACACACUCUCUGGAUAGGAAACUCUGUAGCUGCAUCAGCGUCUCUUGGUUUGAUCGCACACCACUUGUUUGGGGCAUGGAAUGGAGACAGGAGAUUAGCUAAAAGAUAUGGGGAAGCGUUUGAAAGCAUCAAGAAGAGAACAAGUGUGAUUCCAUUUGCUGCCAUAUUGGAAGGACGCCAAGUUUUACCUGAAGAUUACUACAAAGAGUAUGUCCGGUUGCCGUAUCUUGCAAUCACUGCGUUAACGAUUGGGGCAUAUUUUGCUCACCCGCUAAUGCAAGGUGCAAGCUUUAGGCUUCAUUGGUAGUUUCUUUGUAUAUCUUAUAAAAAUUCUUAAGAAUGUAUACAAAAUAUCAUCAUUGUUUGUUUGUGAUACUUAUAUCAAAAUUAAAGUUAUAGCAAUUGGAAGCCAAAA